UUAACCGAUAUUUCAAUGGCCGGUUCUGAAUUUCCUCACGCAUAUGCAGAAACGCCAAGCAUCAAUAAUUCCGAUACGCUAUUUCAAAGACGUCGUCGUUGUUUCUGCUUCCCAUCUUUCCGUUCUCCAAAUCAAUUAACAAAAUAUGUUAAGUUGGACUGGUGGCAUAGGUUACGUAGCGGUGCGGUUACGGAGGGAUCUGUAUGGGCGAAAGGAAUCAACGCUUUGAAGAAGCUUCGAGAAUGGUCGGAGAUCGUUGCCGGACCGAGAUGGAAGACUUUCAUCCGGCGGUUCCAUCGGAACAAAAGCGGUAAUAGGAAUGCGAAAUUCCAAUAUGAUCCUUUGAGUUACUCACUGAACUUCGAUGAAGGACGGGGGAAUAACGGAGAGGAGGAGGAGGAAUUGGUGCUUCGGAAUUUCUCGACGAGAUACGCAUCGAUUCCGGCGUCUAGUAACUUCGGCAAAGAUGGGCCCAGUUUCGUUUGAGUGCCAGAGUCGCAAA